CUGGCCGUAUGCCAGCUUGCAGUCAAGUCCUCAGGGGCUCUGCUUGCGGACCUGAGUCCUGUGGACCUUGGGAAUUCCGCCAGAAUGCUGCAGGUCCCGGUCGGCGUUUUCACCGCAGACAGCGGCAGCCUACUGGAGGUCUCAGCGAGCGAGAAGCUGGCGUUGGUUGGGGCCGGGGACGGCUCCGUGCUGGAUUUGCGGGUGUUCGGCCAGCCGGCGGGCCCUGGACCCGUCGUGCCCGCGUUCCGGCUGCUCUCCGGCGACUCCUCCUUGGAGCUGCGCAACCUGACCCUGCUACUGCCGCCGCUGCCUGAGGAGGCUGCCACAGCUGCUACAGCCGGCUCUGCCGGGGCACUCCCUCCCAGCUUGUUGGCGCAUGUGAUUGAGGCUGUGGGCGGCGGCGGCAACAGGACGCAAGUGGUGCUGCGGAGAGUCACACUGGUCGCGGGCGCAUGCAGUGACCUCGAUGUCCACCGGAGCUUCUUCUGCCACGACCUCAACCGCUGGCGGGCGCGAGUUGCGGCGUACGAUGAGCCCACCAUCCUGGGAGGGACGGUCCGGUACGGCAGCAGGGCCCCCGGUGGCGGCCUGAUGGCGGUGGGCUCAGCAGCUGACAGUGGCGGCGGUGACACGCCGCCGCUUGCACAGCUGCUGGACUGCACAGUCACGUGCGACGCAGGAGUCAGUGGCGGCGGCGGCACGGGCAGCAGCAUCAGCACGCCAUAUGUGGCGUCCGGGCCCUCAGGUCCCUGGGACUGCAUGGCAGUCACGGUGUCGGACAGUGCGGGUCUGGCGGCGCUGCCUGACUUGGUCGCCUCGCAGCUGGUGCUAGCUGGCGCAACGGUGCUCGUGUCCGUGGAGGCCGGCGCCCCAGUCCGUGUCAACCCAAGCACCUGGAGCACAAUCAAGGUCCGCGUGCAGACGUCCAUCUUCUUUGUUGGCCGCGGCCGCGCAGCGUCCCUGCUCGACUUGGCGGGGCUGCAGUCAAAGCAGUUUGCGGACGUGGACAGCCACGUGAUGAGCCAGGGGCGUGUCGGGCUGAUGGACAUGACGCUGAUGGGUCUGUCGUACCCGACACGUGCGCUGACGCAACUCGAGCUGAUGGCGGCGUGGGUGCACGCAGUGGGCAUCUCGGGGGUACUGGCGCCAAGUCUCUACUUCCACACAGAUGGUCGCAUUGCGCCACCCGAGGUGAUGGCCUGGAUUAAGAACGUGCGCCUGGCCCUGCCAGACGCGGAGGCGGAGUGGUGGCGCAACGCGGCGCCGACUGCGGCGGGCGGCACGGGUCUACCGCUGUCGAGUAGCGGGUGGACAGGGCCCGCACUCUCGGACCCAGACACGCCGCUCAACGCCUGGGUGUAUGGCGCCUUCCCGCCGACCGCGUCCCCCAGCUCACGGGCGGCGGACCCAGUUCGCCCGCCGGAGCGGGAGGCGGGGCCGGUGCGGAUACACUGGCUUGGGCUGCGCGCGUGCGACUACUGCUGGAUUGCGCCGCUGUCGCGUGUGCUGGAGGCGGCGGCGGUGCAGCAAGUAGGGGCAGCAGCCGGCAGCACCAGUAGUGGGACCGUGCUCGUGGCGCAACCAGCGCCGUCACCGCCAUUGGCACUGAGGAGCACGUGGCCUCUGGCGGACGCCCUGGGGUCCGACGUGGCGCCCAAGGUGCCUCUGAGCCACGUGAUCUUGGUUGUGGGCAUCCGCGGCUCUCCCUAUGUGGAAAUGGCGUCCGCAUGCGGCGGCAGCGGCGGCAGUGGUGCAAGCAGCGGCGGCGACAGUCCCGCUUUGUACGUCAUGCCGCCUGCCGACUACGAGUCCGUGGCGAGCAUGUACGGCGGCAGUGCGACCUACACCGGCCGCCUGCGCCGCAGCACUGGGCUGGGCGUCAGCAUGAUGCCGCCGGCGGGGGACUACUACGACAUUGCGAUACUGGGGGAGGCGAAUCCGUCCGUGACGCUGGGCGGCUCUGGAGGCUCCGCUGGCUCUGGCUCUCGCUGCGUGCUGCUGCCGCCGCCCGCGUCCCAGUCCGCUCCGGGCCCCACCACCUGGGACAUGACAGACCUGUCGGACCGCAUCCGCAUCCGGCUGGGGCCGCCCGGCAGCAGCAGCGACGGCCCCUCGCUCCAGAUCCAGGGCUUCACACUCUACAACCUGGCGCCGUACGCACAGCCGCAGCCGCCGGAGCCGCCUCAGCCCCCACCGCAGCCAACAGCUCCCAGACCGCCAGGCCAGCCCGCCAUAAAUUUGGGCGAAGUGAUUGCCAUUGAGAUAAAUGGCCAGCCGGUGGACAUCAGCGGCAAUGUUGUGACGGGGAGUGGGAGCAGCGGCACCGCGGCAUCAGAGGCCACGAGUACGGAUGGGGGCACGGGCGGCACUGCGAUUGCCACAGAAGGAUUUGCGGAUGGCUCGAACGGUGGCACAGCAACUGCCGGCGGAGUUUCUGGCAACAUGGACAGUGGAUCAGCCAGCAGCGGCACCAGCACCAGCACCAGCACCACCGUCAGCAGCGGCACCGCCGUCAGCACCAGCACCACCAGUAGCAGCAGCACCAACGAUGACAGCAGCGGCAGCACCGGUGGUAGCGGUGAUGCCACCGCUGCGGCGGCCCUGGCCACUUCCGAUGCCUCCACGGACGGGGUGGCAGUCGGCGUGACGCUUGACAGCGGGCUGGUGACUGCUGCCCCUUCAGCCUCCACAACAGGCCCCACGGACGUCGUUGCCGAUGGCACAGCCGUUGUCGGCGGUGCCUUGACGCAGGGCGCCGAGCUGGGUGUCGUCACGGGCGGCGACGUCGUCACGGGCGGUGGCGGCAGCGGCGUGGGUGCAGCAGUGGACGGAGCAGCUCCGGGAGGCCCGCUUGUCGGCGGCGUGGCUGUUGCCGGGGUCGAUGGGGCCGUGGACCCGUCGGGCGACACAGGCGGCGUGGCGGGUGGCGUGGCCAUUGGGGAGGUUACCGGCGUGGUGGAGACGGGGGGCGGCGGCAGCGGCACCUCGACAGCAGGUGGCAGCAGCGGCGGCCGUUGGGACACCGGCGCUACUGGGGGCUGGACAGGCGGAGGCGGAGGCGGCGUCUGCUGGACAUGCCUGCUGCGGCCGACACAGCCGCCGCAGGCGCCUAGCCCUCCAGAAGCGCCGCCCUCCCCUCCAGAGGCACCGUCGCCUCCGCCUCAGGCGCCGUCAGAGCCGCCGUCGCCACCACCGUCGCCUCCGCCUCCCCCUCCACCAGAUCCAACCGACCCCUACCACGGCCUGUCUCUGGCCCUGCCUUUCUUCAAGUUCGACAGGUUCAGCCCGCUGCUGUACGCGUCGCCGCAGUCCUCGCCAUCCGCCGCGCUCCCGCCGCCGUGCCGUCUGCCUCCGCUGGCGCUGGUCAACUGCAACCUGGUGGUGCCGCCGCCGGAGCUGGAGCUGCUGAGGAGGCUGCUGCAGGAAGCAGGCAGGCUGCCGGCAGUGGAUGGGCCCUCCGGUGGCACAGAGGGGCCGCAGGCGGGCACGACCGCAGCAGGAGCAAGCCGAGGUGGCGGCGGCGAAUGCUACAGCCAUUCCUUCCGCCGCAUCUCGUUUCUGGGCUGGUCCGGCCGGGACGUUGUGGUCACCUCACAGCUGCCCGACGACGCGCCCACAGGCCUGAUGCCAGAUUUGUGGAGGGCCGAGCGCCCGUUUUACUCGCCUCUGCUCGAAGAAUCCUGCUCGCCCCCGCCGCCCGCACCGCCGUCACAGCCCUUCGUGCCUACCAGUCCACCACUUCAGCCACACCCGGCCUCUCGAGUGCCGCCGCCGGCUUCAGGCGCAGCUGGUGCUGGUGGUGGCGAACGGCUCCCGGACGGCACCCUGGACCUGCCGAGUGACGCAACGCCGGCGGGCGCGGGCUUUGCAGCGGUGCCUCCUGCGGGUGGCGCCGUGCCAGGCGCCGUCCCACCCGGCGUGCAAGCUAGUAGCAUUUCAGGGGAAAGUCACGAGGGAAGCGGUCGCAGCACCAGUGGCAGCCGUAGUCACUCGCAGCCUGCAUGGGUGGUGCCGGUGGCCGCAACGCUGGCGGCGGCAGGCGGGCUGCUGCUAGCAGUGCUCGUUGCCGCCUUGGUCGUGGGCCGCUCACGGCGGCGGCGCCGGCAGGAGCUAGCCACCAAGUCAGGCAAGUGCGCCAGUGAUGACUCAACUCACGACAUGCACAGCCGCGGUUCCAGCAGCGACCAGCAGAGCCCUAGCCACCGAAACACACGCGGCGGCACGCCGAGGGGCGGCGGCUGGACGCUGGUCACCAACCUGCUGUUGUCUGCGCUUCGCUCCAGCUCGGUGGGCAGCGGUGGCGUGCGGAGCAGUCGGCGGUCGUGCAGCAGCAGCAGCACCCCACGCAACGCCAAGGAUGCUGUCAGCCUGGGCAGCACUGGCGUCGGCGGGGAGAGCGGCCACGCUGUGCCUGCAGGCGCCAACGGUGUGGUGAGCAUGGUGCUUGAAAGCCAGUCGGAGCCGCUGCCCAAUGUGCAGCUAUCGGCGGAAGCGGCGGCAGCUAUAGCCGCGGCACAGGGCUCGCGGCUGUGGCGGUCUCUGGACUUGAGCCGCCUGCUCAAGUCGCCAGAGACCCGGUCUGCGUUGAGUCGCGCUGCAGCGGGCGGCGCGGGCGGCGCUCCUAGCAGCAAGGUGGUUGUGCUGUCAGCGGCGUGCCGUGUCAGUCCCGUGGCCGCCCAAGUGGUUUCAAUCCGUGCAGUGGCUGAGAAGCAGCAGCAGCAGCAAGACCGUCAGCAGCAGAUGCAGGUGCCAGGGUGCCGUUGGACCGUCAACGGCAUCCCUCAGUUCUCGUCUGAAGCAGCCACGCUCGCCAGCCCGAGUGGCACGGACGCCACCGGUACUGGCACCGGCACCGGCUCCACGGGCUCUCCAGCCGUGCUCGCUAGCCCCGCUACGGGGGCUGCCACCGUCACGGCCGAGGUCGCAGCGAUGUUUGCAGAAGACGAGGCGACAGCAGGCGGUCAGAAGUCUGAUGAGGAGCUGUGGCUGGAGUGCGUCAUCGGGCGCGGCGGCUUCGGUGUCGUGUACCUGGGCACCUGGCGCGGCCUGCCAGUGGCCGUGAAGACGCUGGUGGUGCAUGAAGCACUGCUGGGGAACGAGGGCCGCCGCCGGCAGCGUGCGGUACUGGAGGCGGCGGUGUCCUCCGCCCUGAGUCACGCGAACGUGGUGCAGACGUACGCGUUCGAUGUGCGGAGGCUGGGGGAGCUUCCGGGCAUGGGGCGCGGCCGCUUUGCGCCGCCUGCCCUGGAGGCAGUGGCAGAGGAGGAGCACCCGGAGGGCCAGGAGAGCCAGGAGAAGCCACUGGAAGCUCUUGCAUCACCGUCGGCGCAUGGCACCGAGGCGGACUCCGUGUACCAGCUGCUGCUCAUUCAGGCGUACUGCGAGGGCGGCUCGCUGUGGGAGGGCAUCGAAAGCUCGCAGCUGUACAUGGGCCUUGCUCCCGACAGCCUGGGCGGUGUCCUGCUGAGUCUGUGCCUGGCACUGGACGUGGCGGCGGGCAUGGCGCACGUGCACGCAAGAGGCAUCGUGCAUGGGGACCUGUCAUCAGGAAACGUCCUGCUCUCUGCGCGGCCGCCGGUCGUUCAGGCCGCAGACCUACACUCGGCGUCGGCGUGGGGCUUCUCGCUGGGUGCAAGCGGCGAUGCCAGCGUGGAUGCGGGCUUGGGCGGGACCUCCCGAGCAGGCACUGGCGCGGCAGGGCCGCUGGCGCGUGCGGAGCUGCUUGUGGAUGGGCAUGGCGGCGGUGUGAAUAUGGCAGGGCCGGAGAGCGAGGAGGCGCAGGCCGCCGCCGCGGAGGCCGCUGCCCGGGCGCUUAUCGCAGGUGUCACGCUGCCGCCAGUGACGGCCAAGAUUGCGGACUUUGGGCUCAGUGCGCGCAUGGGCGAGGGCCAGACCCACGCCUCCAACUGCUGGCAGGGCACGCCCACGUACACAGCGCCGGAGCUGGAGCUGGAGGGGCGGCUGAGCAAGGCUGCGGAUGUAUACAGCUUUGGUGUGGUGCUGCUGGAGCUGCUGACGGGGCAGACAGUGGAUGGGCUGUUGUCCAUAGCAUGUAUCUUUGCAUCAGAUGCAUCCACCUCGCCGCCGGCCGCCAAUGGUGAAAGCCAAGCCGCCUGUGGUGUGCCGCCGCUGUCCCUGACCGCGCGCGGCGGCGCAGCUCACGCAGCGGCCGCGCUGCGGUCGGCGGUGCCGAAGGUGCUGCAAGUGCCUCACACAUGUGACAAGGAGAAAUUGGCGUCUCUGGUGCAGGCGUGUCUAUCCCCCAGCCCACAUGCAAGGCCAACAUUCAUGCAGGUGCUGCAAGACCUUGGUGUCAUAAUUGCAAGCCUGGACUCCAGCAUGUCUUGAUAGCUAAUCGCUCAUGCCUUCGUGCUGCGGGAACAAACUGGUUGAGGAGACCAUCCACCCGUUCUGGUCCCAGUCAACGCCAGGCCUAGUUUUGGCACAUGGCCAAGCAACGUGGCGAUGUGUGCAUCGAAUCCGGGCUGCAUUGGUGUGUUAGCACAAGGAACGAAGCACGCAAGGAAGCACGCGAAGUCUGUGUGUAUAUUCUUUUAUUUGUGUGCACGCUGGUUCGCAUUUGCAUGCGCGCGUUGCGCCUGGCGCAUGGUGAUUAAGGUGUCAGCUAUUAAUGUACUGGCGCAUCUUGUGAUUGAGGUGUCAGCUAUUAUAUGUGUCAAAAACAACAAAAUGAAGCCCGCCCAGACGGCGUCGGAGUUAUAUACGGAUACCACCAAUACUUCUUUUUUUUAUACCUACCAGUACUGAGCUUGUGUGUGGGUGUGGGUGGGUGGGUGGGUGGGUGUGGGUGGGUGUUAAUAUGUGAGAGAGCGAGUGAAAGAGAAAGAAAGGAGAGUGUGUGUGUGUGUGUGUGGUGGGGGGGUGAAGACAACCAGUCCAAGAUUGAAGUCCAAAGAUGGCCGAAAAGAGAGAUUUUGCUGCAUGCUGGGCUUGUAAGCCAGGCUGUAGGUGCAUCGAGCUCCACUGCGGUGCGGUUGCGGACCAUGCAUUGCCCCCUCCCUUUCCACACGAGAUCCGUUGGACGUUGGGUGCUAUCGAUUCAGGUCAUAAUGAACACGUAUGAAUGAUAUCAGCACGUGAUGUGGCCGGGGAUGGAGCAUUGCAGUAGUACUACUGAGGCUGCCGAUGUGGUAUGUUUGUGUUCGGGCGCAGCUCCAACCGAGGCGGCAAGGUGUGUGUGUGUGUGUGGGGGGGGGGGGGGGCGGCUGGAUGGUGUGUGUGUUUGUGCGCAUGCGUCUUGUUUGUGUACAUGCGUGUGCUGGGGCUGUCAGGUGAGGACAGCAACGCUUCUGGAGCACAGCAGCGUUUAUCACGCGCGCUGAGUACGCAUCAAUGCAGUGGUUAUGAAGAGGCUGGGCCGUGCCGGCACACACCCUUCGCCCAUCGGGCCCGGGCUCGCUGGCUAGAUCACCAAAUGCCAAUUCUACUUCAGACGAGCUCAUAUCGCCCUCCCACGUCACCAGCAAGUUACUAGUGUACACGUGAAGGUACUGCGAGCAUGAGGGAGUCAGGGGAGCCCUGUCUGGUGUUGGGGAAGGCCGGGAGCCCGGGAAGCCCCCUAUCCGCCCCUCAGACGUCCCCGCAUGGGGAGGCCCGUACGGCAGUGGGGCAAACUCUGGACGAGGGUUCUAUUACGCUGGAAAGUUUCCUUAGCCUCACGUAAGGGUAGAUUUGCCAUUUUGCCAUCGGACGCUUGUCGCUACCAGUGCUGUGAGGUCGUGAACACAAAAUUGGACGGUGCCCAAAGCGCGGGUGAGAUUUUGGGUGAGUAGCUUGCGGUACCUCGCUUGCGGUACGGUACUUGCGGUACCUGAGUUGCUUGCGGUACCUUAACGGAACUCCGGCGUUUGAUCAGCCGCGCGCUCAUGCCUCAACGUCGCAACUUGACUGUUGAAUGCUGGGGUCCGGAUACACACUGCACUUUACGGGACUACGCAAACCUGGCCCUUGCCCUGUGCCAUCGCACACGUGCCUGGCUGCGUUCCGGGUUAGCUAGUUCAGUUUGACUGCGGUCAGCGUUGUCUCGACGCAUCGCAGCUUAAAUAGCUGUGGGCUAUUCCACGCCAGCCCCAGCCGCACCAGCCGUCUUCACCAGCUGAGUGUCUGGCGCUUUGGGCCGCCGACUUCCGUAGCUGUCCAUGACGCCUGGCGCGACGUUUAUCUCAUCAAAGGUACGCGUACUGCUGUGUCGUGCUCACGUAUUUCAUUCUGCCUACCGCACCAUUGAUGACCGGAACGGUGUAAGAGGGUUAGCGC